UGCGCUAACCUUGGGACGGUUUGGUCCACGAUGGGAGGCCCAAAGAUUUUCUGGCUCUGGUUUUGUGAAAUUGGGCAUCUGCCUUGGACCUGCCCUUUGAAAAAGGGGUCAUCGCUGAGGCGCAGUUAAGAGACGGGAGACGUGGUCCCGGACCAUGAGCGCUCUAAGCAGCACUGGAAUAUUGGUCAGCCUAACGACGGUGUCCGUUACGCUGGAUUUUGGCUUGCAUGGUGGUCUCAUGGCUUGGUCCUUAAGCAGCAACUUGACUCUGAAUCAGAGUUUGCCGACGUCUGAUCCUCUUAACACCUCUGACAAGGGGGACGUCUCUCGCAUGUCGGUGAGGGAGAAGAACUGGCCAGCCCUCCUGAUCCUGGUUAUCAUCCUGCUCACCAUCGGGGGCAACAUACUGGUAAUUAUGGCCGUGUCCUUGGAGAAGAAGUUGCAGAACGCCACAAACUUCUUCCUGAUGUCUUUGGCGGUGGCAGACAUGCUGGUGGGUAUCCUGGUCAUGCCCGUGUCCCUCAUUGCAGUCCUGUACGAUUAUGCUUGGCCUUUGCCUAAACAGUUGUGCCCUAUAUGGAUUUCCCUAGAUGUGCUCUUUUCAACUGCAUCUAUAAUGCAUCUCUGUGCCAUCUCUCUUGAUCGGUAUGUAGCAAUACGCAAUCCCAUUGAGCACAGCCGCUUCAAUUCCCGCACCAAGGCUAUUAUGAAAAUUGCUGCAGUUUGGACCAUAUCCAUAG